AUGGAUUUCAUCAAGACCAGUUCCCUGCGUGCUCUGAUUGAGUUAACUUUCCAACGCAACUGGAAUGGCUUCAUUUGGAUGAGUAGAAAAGGAGUUAUAGCCAAAAGAGUGAAGACUGCUCCAGACGGCCAUAUCGAGAAUCAGCGCCCGAACGCGCAGUCCGGCUGGCCGAGGAACGAAUGUUCCGCGCUCGGCCAAAACCGUUCCGUCCGACUGAAGUCUCGGCCAAAGUCCAAACCGCUCGGCCGAUCACGCAUCACGACCCGGGAAACAUUGCCCGCGGUCGGCCAAGCCACAACGCCACGCCACAACCGCGCACGACCAAAGCGCGCGAGCCGGGAAAGCCUCGCGGCCGCGCAACUCCUCGCGUACCACGGCCGAACGCAUCCGUCCGAGCCGGGGAACUAUGCCACGUCCGGCCGAGAUUUCCAUCGGCCAAUUCAUCCGUCCGACCAGCCGCCGACGAAUCAUCCGGCCACGACCGUUCCGACUCGGCCAAGACCCGACUGUCCGGCCGAUCGUCCCGACCGACCGUCCGAACGCCGCGGUCGACCCGAAGCCGUUUUUGAAGCCCAAUCCGCACAAUUCAAGCCCAAAGCCGGCGCCGACCUAGCUAGAUUAGGUUUAGCCGUCUCUUAUACUUAG